AGAUGAUAUCGUGGUUUUGUCUGGAUAGGUACACUCUCUACUUUAAUUUGGCCCGCCCCGCGAAGACAAUUCCAAUUCCUUGGUGCUUGGGACGUUAAUAGGCGAUCAGGAUGGCACAGAAGGUCCUGGUUACUGGGGGAGGAGGCUACAUUGGCAGCCACUGUGUGGUGGAACUCAUUGAGGCAGGUUUCUGCCCUGUGGUUAUAGAUAACUUCAGUAACGCUGUCCGAGAAGGGGAUAUCCCUGAGAGCCUGCGGAGGAUAGAGAAGAUUCUAGACACCCGCAUUGAGUUUCAUGAACUGGACAUGCUGGACCGCCCAGGCCUGGAGAAGCUCUUCAAACAGCAUUCGUUCAGUGCGGUAAUGCACUUCGCUGGUCUGAAGGCGGUGGGCGAGUCAGUUGAGCAACCCUUGAGGUAUUAUCGAGUCAACCUCACUGCGACCAUGAAUUUACUGGAGGUGAUGCAGACUCAUGGCGUUCACAAUCUGGUGUUCAGCAGCUCAGCCACGGUGUAUGGAGACCCACAGCGGCUGCCGAUAGACGAACAGCACCCUGUGGGGGGGUGCACCAACCCCUACGGCAAGACCAAGUACUUCAUAGAGGAGAUGAUCAUGGACCAGUGCAAGGCCGAGAAGGGCUGGAACGCCGUGUUGCUGCGGUACUUCAACCCCAUCGGGGCUCACUCCUCCGGGCUCAUCGGAGAAGACCCCCAGGGCAUCCCAAAUAACCUGCUGCCCUAUGUUGCCCAGGUUGCCGUUGGGAGAAGAAAACACCUUAAUGUGUUUGGAAAUGACUACAACACUAUUGAUGGAACAGGGGUGCGAGAUUAUAUCCAUGUUGUGGAUUUGGCCAAAGGACACAUUUCUGCCCUCAAAAAACUGAAUGAGAAUUGUGGAUGCAAGGUGUAUAACUUAGGAACAGGAACUGGGUAUUCUGUGCUGCAGAUCGUUAAGGCUAUGGAGAAGGCCUCGGGAAAGGAGAUCUUGUACCAGAUUGCCCCCCGGCGAGGAGGAGAUGUAGCGUCCUGCUAUGCUGACCCCUGUCUGGCAGAGAAGGAGCUGGCCUGGAAGCUGACUUUGACUUGGAGAGAAUGUGUACGGACUUGUGGCGUUGGCAGUCUAAAAACCCCACCGGAUUCACCAAUAACAACAUGACAUCAUGAGACUCCUUCUAGUCCCUCCUUCACUUCCCUAUAAUUUACUGGGCCAAAGCCAGUCAAGAAGUUUCAUAUUUUUGAUCACAUUCACACAUUCCCGAGACCUCAAGACAAAAUGAAUGAAAUAAAUAUAUAUUCUAUAAUGAUUUAAUAUUGUUUUUCACUUUCACUAAGGCUAUUUUCUAACUGUUGGGUAAAAAAUCUACCAUGUCUUCUGUUUGUCUUGUCAUCUAUGUGUAUCAUCAUUGACAUUUUAAUUAUACAAUAUAAUAGUUGAUGCUACAGCCAUACAAAUUUGGAAAUAAAUUACUUUUCU